GGGUGGUUCGUGACUUGCCGUCGUGUCUCGCACGUGCAUCGAUAUCGUCGUGUCUGCGUCGGGACGCGUCGUCAACAGGAGCGUGCGCACGAAGGAAAAUAUUUGGAGAAACGUGUCCGGUGUGUCUGUGCCGUGGCGCGGAUCGCGGUGGGGAACGGCGUUGUGUGAUCUCCGCUGCCGUGUGCAAGCAUUCGACUCCUCGGCCGUGACUCACGUUACACCGUGCAUACGUUUACAGAGCUGAUUUAGUGGCGGGCAUAUACUACUCGUUGGUGUGUAUAUAGGCGAUUCGGGGCAACCGAGGAGGAACCGUCGGAACAGAAGGGAAAAAAGAGAGAGACUCCGGAAACGAGCAGUCGACGGCGUGCCCUCUCGCUACGCGGUGCCCGCGCGUCACCUACGCAUCGGCGCUGAUUUGUUAUUAUUGUUCUCUCGUCGAGCCGAUAAUGGAUUAAUUUUCGCCGGGGAGCUCACCCCGGCGGCUUCGCCCGGAUCGGAGCAGCAACAACGCGCGGCAGCACUCAGCGAUAAAUCAAGGCCGGAGUAAUGCGAGGCAGGCAGGAGUAAGCGAAGGAUCUAUCAGAAUGGGACUCGUUCGACGGACGAAGCUGCUUCCAAGCCGAACGAUGGCGACCCUGUUGCCGUUGCUGGUGCUCGCAGCAUUACCGAACGCCCGAUUAGAAUCAGCAAUCAAUCCGGCGAGCAGCGUGGGCUCGAUAUCGAGCGGCGCAUCGUCGGCCUCUUCUUCCGCCUCCUCUUCGUCGAUGGUGGGCGUCGUGUCUGGCAGCGGAUCGGGAUCCGGGGGCAUGGUAGGAUCGGAGGGGGGUGCUGUCGCGGGCGGCGGUGGCGGCGGCGGUGGGGGUGGUGGACACUCGUCGCUGAGCGGAGGAGCGGCUAAUGGAAACGGCAGAUGCGAGGAGAUCACGAUCCCGAUGUGUCGCGGUAUCGGUUACAACCUGACGGCGAUGCCGAAUGAACUGAAUCACGAUACGCAGGAGGAGGCAGGCAUGGAGGUGCACCAGUUCUGGCCGUUGGUGGAGAUCAAGUGCUCGCCGGAUCUCAAAUUCUUCCUGUGCUCGAUGUACACGCCGAUCUGCCUGCCGGAGUACACGAAGCCAUUGCCAGCCUGCAGGAGCGUCUGCGAGCGAGCACGAGCGGGGUGCGCGCCGUUGAUGCAACAGUACGGGUUCUCGUGGCCGGAGAGGAUGGCCUGCGAGCGACUGCCGACCCACGGCGACCCGGACAACCUAUGCAUGGAGCAGGACAACAGGACGAGCAGCACCGGUCCAGGAUCGGGCAACGGCGGAGCGGCGAGCAGCGCGCCAUUGCCACCGGCAGCACCACCCAGGCCCACCAGGCCGACCAAGACGACCCAGCCACCGCGGUGCAAGCCAGGAAAGAAUCAAAAAAACUGCCAGCAUCCCCCGGGGGAAAGGGCGAGGGAGUGCGCGUGCCGGUGCAGGGCACCCCUCGUACCCCUGGGGGCGGGGGGCACGGUAAUACCGGGCCCGAUAAGCGUCAGCAGCGCCGGCAACAUCGCCAACGGGGCUGGACUGGCAGGCAUGGCCAUAAGUGGAGCCAUUCCGGCACCGCCGAUAAGCAUCGCGCGGAACAUCAUUCAGGACAUUGCCGGAGUACCGAACUGCGCGCUCCCGUGCUACGGGGCGUUUCUCACCCCCGAAGAGCGAGGGUUCGCGGCCGUAUGGCUGGCUCUGUGGAGCGGCCUGUGCGCCGCAAGCACGCUCGUGACCGUCACCACGUUCCUGAUCGACACCCAGCGCUUCAAGUAUCCUGAGAGACCGAUAGUCUUCCUCUCGGCCUGCUAUUUCGUGGUAUCGGUCGGCUACCUAUCGAGGAGCGUCUUCGGCCACGAGGAGAUCGCCUGCGACGGUCCAGCGUUGAAGUCCGGGGCUCAGGGACCGGGGGCCUGCGUGACUGUUUUCCUCAUGAUCUACUUCUUCGGCAUGGCGUCCUCCGUCUGGUGGGUGAUCCUCGCGUUCACGUGGUUCCUCGCGGCGGGCCUCAAGUGGGGCAACGAGGCGAUCGCCUCCUACUCGCAGUACUUCCACCUAGCAGCCUGGUUAGCGCCCACGGUACAGACGGUCUCGGCGUACGUGGCCGGCGGGGUAGCCGGGGAUCCAGUGGCGGGAGUCUGCACGGUAGCACCAGACGGAAUUCGUUCGUUCAUCCUGGUGCCCCUGUUCGUGUACCUCUUGCUGGGAACGAGCUUCCUCCUCGCGGGUUUCGUGAGCCUGUUCCGAAUCCGAUCGGUGAUAAAACGGCAACCGGGCGCCAAGGCGGACAAGCUGGAGAAGCUGAUGAUACGCAUCGGCGUGUUCAGCGUGCUGUAUACUCUACCGGCGGGGGUGGUGUUGGCCUGCCACAUGUACGAGACCGCCCUAAGAGGCGAGUGGCUCGCUUCGCUGGCCUGUCCGUGUCGGACGAGAGCAAGACCUCUCUACUCCGUCCUGAUGCUCAAGUACUUCAUGGCGCUCGCGGUAGGCAUCACGUCAGGCGUGUGGAUCUGGAGCGGCAAAACCGUCGACUCGUGGAAACGUCUAUGGAGGCGUUUGUUCGGAGGAGGGAGCGGAGGCGGCGGUCACGGAGGCGGUGGAGGCGGUAUGGUAGCAGGCGUGACAGGCGUCAGCGGAGGCAUCGGCAGCAGCAGCAUCAAGGGCGUCGUAGGACGUGUCGGAGUCCCGUAUCCUCCGGCACCGGGACCCGGGAGCGCCCUGCUGCCCCCGGGCAGCGUAGCGAGCGCCUCCCAGCAUCAUCUCCAUCACCACGUUCUCAAGCAACCCCCUCUCUCGCACGUAUGACGUCACCAGUCGGCGGGGGGCGACAUGAACACCGCUGGCUGCGAUCAGCAGCAACAACAACAGCAGUCGGUGCAGCAACAGGAGAGGCCUUCCGCCCUUAGCAACUACGGGCCCAUUUAGCCCUUCGCCUCGGCCUCGCGCAGGCACACGCCGCAUACAGCGCCGCACACGGCGCCACACACGCCGCACUCGGCGGCUACCAUUUACUCGAGGAGGUCGCUGGCGUCGACCACUGGUCCCCUCACGCCGGCCCAUGGACUCGCGCCAUCUUACACGCAGGCAACCGAGGUCUGAAUCGAUUUCCGACAGCGGGUACGUCAACGAGCGAACAAGGCCCCGGAGGAGCCGCGGCGCUCCGCGACGCCUCGAACGGCGUCGAUGACUCGCGACGGUGCUUCUCGAUUACCCGAUAUACGUAUUAGCCCGUACGUGUCUUUGCCGGGAGUCUCGAGCCGCCUUCUUCUCUCUCGCCUGUGCGCGGCGUGCAUUAGCGUGAGAGUCGCGGACGGUUUACCGAUCUUGCAAUAUUUUUUUUUCUUUUUUUUUUUUUUGUCAUUUGCCAUUCCUCGUACAUUUACCGGUGAAAUUUCAUCGCAGCGACGGCAAUGGACCCUCGGAAAAGCGUCGACGCCAGAGGGCGGUGGAUGGUCUCAAUAUGGCUGUCGAGACUGCUCGGUUAGUGAGAUUGUGAUUUUUAGUGCAUCGAUUGAAAGUGACGAGGAGCGAAUGGUGUGCGCGAAUGGACGUGUGACAGGUACUCUUUUACACGUAUCUAUCUCUACUCUUUCUUACUUAUAUACCGUAGCGGAGCUCGUACAGUCCGCAUGUCCGUCUAACGUGUAUCGUCUCGUCUAUUUAUCUAACCUAGGCCAUAACUGAAUAUAGGGUGUAAAACACGGUUUUCUUCUGGUUCGUACCCGAAGGGCGGCGGUGGUCCGGCAUUCCAACGCGUGUUUUUUAUAAUUUCAUACUGUCGCUAGUCGUAACGAUCGAUCAAGCUCGACUUUUUACGGGGAAAAAAACGAAGAAAGUAUAUACUCGUAACGAAUACAGGCUCACCGCCGUCGAUCGUCGACAAGCACGACGAGCGAGUGUAUAGCGCAGAUGUUAAGAGAUAGGAGAACGAGGCGACGUAAUUGUAAAUAUUACUCUUAGGUGUUACGUAAAGCGCUGUAAAUAAAACAAAAUAGAGGGGGGAGAAAAAUUAAACGAUCGUCGAAACGAUUGUAUCGAUCGACGCGAGCUGUAGAUCCGCGGAAGUCGCGCAGACGCGUGGAUGUCACUGUCGCCGAUGAACGCCGCGUUCCUUUCGCUUGGUCUAUCGUAUAGUUCGUGGAGCCUCGAAUUCGUCUCGAAUCUUUCGAAAAUCGCCGACUGUCCCUCGAGAUACGUCAAUGGCACGAAAAAGACAGACAAUUCGCUCGUUCGCGCAACGAGAAUCCGACGGAUGCCCAGUUAGCGAUCGGAAUACCUCGAAGAGAAGCUUCGAAGGUGCCGCUAGUCUUGCCACGGACGAAGGAACGCGUCGAUGAUCUGUAUAUCAUAAUCACAUAAAACGUAAUCUCAAAUAAUUAUUACCAGAGAAGCGAAUCGGCAUGGUGCGAUUUAGUUUCGAUGAUUACAUGUUCCGCCACUGUUAUAUAGUUUUAAAUAAAUUCUAAGUAAAUGGAUGGUGAUUUUUUUUUUUAAAUAUUUAUUUUCGUGCAUUAUCUUGGUAAACAAUCAAAAAUGAAACUGUCGAGGUUUCGAUCGUUAACACGUAAGUACAUUUUCUUUUAUAGAGGUUUAAAUUGUGUUUGAAGAAUAGUUUAAUUCUACUUUAAGGAGGUGGGACGGUGAAACUUGAAAAAACAACGAUAGAACGUAUUAAAAUGAUACUUACUCGGGACUAGGUUUCAAAUGAUCGUGAUAUACGGACCAUUUAGAACGAUACGCGCGGGUCGGCGACGACGUGAUUUCGCGCGUCGAAAAAUUUUUUAACGCCGAACGAAGUCCCUUUCCCCCAUGCUCCUUGUCCGUUUUAUAUAUUACGUACUCGUAUAUAUACGCGUCUCGAACGUAGCAGGCAAAAAUGUAUAGUGACAACAUCAGAGACACCUGGUUUUUGUACCUCGCACGGCUUCCGGUCCCGCCGAGGGACGCGGACCGUGCACACGCACACGGGACACGAUCCCGCCACACACGUACAGCCGUACACACGCGCACGCCGUAGAAGAAAGAUACGAAAACAGUUCUGUGUACCCCCCGAAGUAGAUAUAUAUAUAUAUAGAGAGAGAGAGAGAGAAAGAGAGAGAGAAAGAGAGAAAAAAAUGAAAGAUAAAGCAAAUUUGUACACGCUCACGGUGUGUCUAUGUCCGCGCAAUCUAGAAGUAGCUGUUGACACAGUGCGAAAUCGGAUGCACGCAUAAACGAGCAGAUCGUAAAGUACGUAAAUAUAUACGUGUAUAUAGGAAGACAUGUGUAUAAGUAUAUAUUUAGGUACGCGUAUAUAUAUAAAUAUUACAGAUACAUAUAAAUAUAUAAAUAUAAAUAUAUAUAUAUGUCGAAGAAACGCGCGCUGUUCACCAACGGUAUCGAUAUCUCACAGUUUUUAUACUCACUUGAAAGAGAGCAGAGGGAGGAUAGACAAUUCCCGGGGUAAACGUCUCUCGUCGGUGCUUCUCGUUCGGGAACAUCUCGCGAGCCAAUCGCGUGUCUCGAGGUUCAGAUUUGAGCAGACCCGUGACAAGAUUUGGGGGCGUAAAGGGGCACGUGCCUCGGGCUGCCGGGUUAUUCGAUUAAUUGUUUUAACGUUUCCCAUGAUCGAUCGUUUGAAAAUGGUUUUACUUUGACUUUGUCUCCAAAAGUUCUUCCAACGAUGCAAAAUACUCGCGUAAAAGAUAGUAGUGUGUGUUUAUCGUGAAACAAAUAAGCCCAAAGGGCCUCCCAUGUGUCGUUGAUGCCCCUGGCACUGAAAUAUUCGAGCACAGCCCUGGAAACCGGCGAAGAACGACGCGAAACAGUCCCGUGUACACUUCUUCUCGUAAUUGUUUUCCUUUUUUCCGUGUUGGGGGACGGGGGGUGGCGUUCCAUGGUUGAAAUUUCAACGUGCCACGCGAUCGUCCCGCGAGAUGUCUCUCGUGGAGGAGAGCCAGGUGGGAACGGGCACGCAGGGAGCAAAACGGAACAGGCGACAGGACUGAAAAACGAUAACUGCCUCAAGCGAACUUAAAACGAAAACGAAAUAAUAAAAAAAAAAAAAAAUAAAAAAAAAAAAAGAGAACUCGACCCGUAUCGCAUCCCGGACGGGGACCACUGCCAAACGAAACGUACACGUGUAAUGUUGUAAAGUAGCGAGAGUAAAGAAACCUUUUAGUGUCACAUAUCACGCCAAGCCGUUACGAGCGAAAACGGACAACGUCGCGUUCGUGGAUGGACGAUUGACGUCGAGGAGAGAAAGGAAAAAAAGAAAGAACGAACAUGGUCGGGGAAACGAGUCGACGGUGCGCGACGCCGUCGGCGACGCCAGGACGCGAACGAACGCGACGCUAGAGAAACGAGAGGGAGGAGUUUAUAACGAGUAUUUGUAAGCCACUUUUUGUCACGAUGAUUGUCAAUAAAAUUGAAAAUACUGUGUGUAUAACGAGUGUGUUCCGGGAUUUCCUCCACGUUGGCUCUUUUCGAGACGUUUUCUUUUCCGUUGGAACAACCGAUAAGGGGAGCGCUUAUUGGACGGAGUCGAACGAACACGACGCGUCUUCCUCCAUUUUUUCUUUUUGUACGUUUUCCUCGUUUGGCUUUUACGUUCUUUCCCCCGCCCCUUGAAACGCGCGAAUCCUGUUCGAGGUCCGUACUCGACACCGUCUUUGUACAACUUUUACGUUGCCAUAGUAGUUAACGAAUGACC